CUCAUUUAGGAAAACCAAGAAAGAUCUAACCAUGGAAUCUCACAACAACAUGAACCUAGACAUGGAGAAAGAUCAAGAAAAGGGUUUUGACUACUCAAAACGAGCUCAAUGGCUACGCGCAGCUGUUCUUGGUGCAAACGACGGUCUUGUCUCGACAGCUUCACUAAUGAUGGGUGUUGGUGCGGUCAAGCAAGACAUCAAGAUCAUGAUCUUAACCGGUUUUGCUGGUUUAGUGGCCGGAGCUUGUAGCAUGGCUAUAGGAGAGUUUGUCUCCGUUUACUCUCAGUACGACAUAGAGAAAGCUCAGAUGAAGAGAGAUCAAACCGGAGGAGGAGAGGCAGAGAAAGAGAAGCUUCCUAGCCCGACACAAGCGGCUGCAGCGUCUGCGUUAGCGUUUUCUCUUGGGGCGGUUGUGCCGUUGUUGGCGGCUGCGUUUGUGAAAGAGUAUAAAGUGAGGAUUGGUGUGAUAGUGGCUGCGGUGACGUUGGCUUUGGUGAUGUUUGGAUGGUUAGGUGCGGUUUUGGGGAAAGCACCGGUGGUUAAGUCGUCGCUUAGGGUUUUGAUUGGUGGAUGGUUAGCUAUGGUUAUUACUUUUGGUUUUACAAAACUUAUUGGUUCACAAGGUCAUAUGUAUGCGUGAGUGUGUGAGUUUACUGACAUGUGUGACCAGACCAAACUCUUCUUUAUGUCUCAAUGUUAAGUCAAAUAAACUGUAAGAAGAAACAAAAAAAAAAUGUCUAGUUUCAAAUAUGAUUUUCCCUUUACAAUCUA